GCCAAACAAACGGAACAACCGGAGACUUUCUGACCCCGGUGAUCCCCCGGUGAUGCCCCAUUGACCCCCCGGUGAUCCGGCUGGUGCUCCGCUGUUCAACUGAAAAGCACAGCAGACGAUGCUCUAAAACACCAACGAAGUGGCUUGUUUUCCUCUGCAAAGACCCAAGUUCUCAGGAUGUUGUUCAGGAAACAAAAAGAGGAUUUACAUUUUGGUUUUUGAUGUCAGCAUGCAGAACAUCGAUGAAUACAUCUGGCAGCGCCGCAUCCACCACGGGGUUCGGCAGCAGAAAGGCACCGUCCCAUUCCCAGAAUCAGUGAAGGUUGGUUUGGACUUCAAUGCAGCGUUGGAAAGGAAGGAAAAGUUGGAUCCGGGGCUGCUCACAAACGCUGUGAUGCUGGAGCUUUGCGCAUUUGCAAAAACUGUGACGCAGUCCGAGAUGUAUUUCUUGUUUGAAAUGCUGGACUUCAAUUUUGACCUUGGCGUAGACUUGGACAAUGAUCAGCAGUACUACGAGUAUGCAAGGCGUGCUCAUAAUAAAAUAAAGGUAGUGAAGGAUCAAAUCAGGAUGAAAACUCAUCAAAGAAAUAAAGAUAAAUUCUCGCUACCAGACAUAAGCUUUUUAGUCAAGAUCACUGCAAAUGAGCAGCCCGGACGCUACUACCCUAAAAGAAACAAAAUGGUUGAUACUUCGUUACUUACUGAUGGCAGCAGGAAGUCAGCAGAACCUCAGAAGACGGAGAUCAGUGAAGACACGUCAAUGAUGAAAAGACCAGGAGUACUACGAGUCAAGGCUAGAUCUUACCCUUACUGUGAAGACUUCGGUGUGUCUCUGUUUGUACGACCAGAAGAUGCACCCAAAGACAAACUCGACCCAAAUCCACUAACCAACGGUGUGAUGCUUGAACUGCUCGACUUUUCGCGAGUACUUUGCGGAACGCACAACGGGAUAGUUCACGACUUGAUUAAGCAAAACUUCGGCACAAAGUUGGAUAACACAUUUGUCAGUUCGCAACUACUGUUGGAGAGGAAGAACGCCUGCUUCAGAACCAACGAUAGCGAGGCUUUCCAAAAGGAGACGUAUGAAAUCAAGACAUUGGACCCGAAGCGUAGGAAGCGAAAAGCCCCAGAUUACCAUAACUUGGAAGAGCUUGUGGCAAGUAAGCGAAGGGAAACGCUGAGACUUGACAAUGUUAACGCUGAUGUUUGUCCGGAUAGUGACCUGUCUUACCGGUGCCCGGUUGACUGUGAUACGGAAAUGCAGUUGGAGUCGGAGGCAGCAUCGGAACAAAUGGUGUCUGAUGGUUGUUCAUCGGAAGCAAGUUUUUCUCUGGAUGUAAAGCAGGAAGAAGAGGAAGUUUUUGUCUCUCAAGUGAAGCCUCCGACUUAUAACUUCAACCCUAUUUUGCCUAAGAUUCUUCCAAAACAGACAACUCUAAAAGCAGUCUCGGAUCUUUAUAUUGAAGAAAAAAAUGAGGACACGAAAGUUAAAACUCACAAACAAAAGCUGUGGAUGAGGAGGGCUCCUCGCUCAAAACAAAUCCUGGAGUCGAGCAGAGUAAACGACAAGUUUGCCCGCAGCAGAGAGAUAGGUUUAGACUUUAACGUGGGCUCGUGUAACAAGAAGAGCCUGGAUCUACAACUAUUCACCAACAACACGUUGUGGGAGGUUUAUAAAUUCGGUACAAUGAUGUCAAAGACUGUAGGCAGUUUCUUAUUGGAAAUUCUGGACAUGAACUUUAACCUGGUCAUCCUAGAUCAUUAUCAUGAGCGCAACCGUUUAAGUUAUCUGAUGUCUAAAGAGAAGUUCCUACAGAACCACCCUGGCAGGCAGAACACUGAGUUUCUAAACAGUCUCUUUCAGUUCCGAGAAGUUUACAACAUGGUUGAUGUGACCAGCAUCUUUCAAACUGGACCAGAAGUUGAGACGCUGCAGGAGACUUGCUUGGAUUCAAACCGGGUGGAAGAUAUGGAUCCACAUCCGUUUUGUAAACAGUUAGGCCUCAACCUUUGGUCCACAAACGUACGCCCGGCAGGCCAGAAGAUGGAUUUGGCGGCCCUAACCAACGGAGCCGUGAUUGAAAUAUUCAUGUUUGUCAGAGAGUUGUGUAGCUCGCCCCACAGGAUAGUCUACGACAUUCUGGAGCACAACUUUGAUCUUGAUCUGCAAAGCGGAGAAACCAUGGCGGCGCAGGUGAUCCGGAGAUGGUACGGCACACAGAAAAAAAUGAGCAUCACGUCAAAGGGUUUAGUUUGGAAGAACAACCUCGUCCCAUUGAAUGGCCAUGCAGAGCCAGAGCCAGAGUCAGAGUCAGAGUCAGAGCCAGAACCAGAGCCAGAGCCAGAGCCAGAGCCAGAGCCAGAACCAGAGCCAGAACCACCAAUAUCCAACCACAAGGAGGGUCUGGAUUCAGGAGAUGUGAAGCCAAAAAAGGAGGAUUUAAAUGGAGGUUUUGAGAAAAAGGUCCUCAGCUAUCGCAUCUGUGAAGAAAUGGGGUUAGACCUAAACAUCCGAUCGCAACAAGGACCCAAAACAAAACUCGACUUGCCUUUGCUGACGAGAGGAGUCCUCUUUGAGAUGCACCAGUAUGUGAGACAAAACUGCAACCGGUACGUUCCUGCUCUGUACGAGAUUCUGGAGUACAACUUCGACCUGAGCUCGCAGAACCAUCGGAAAGUAGAGUUCGCCUGGUCCAUCGCCUCUCAGGUUAUCGCAAUAGCGGGUAAACACGGCCGAAAGGGAGACUAUCUGAACAAAGUGAUCGAGUUGCCUGUUGAAAUCACAGAAUCUUCGCAGUCGGUCUGCAAAGAAGAGCCCAAAGACGAAUUCAUCGAAGUAGACUUAAACGAUGACAAUGACAUUGUGUUUGUCCAAGAACUGAUGCCUGUAGACAUAGACGUGAUGAUAGAUUAACAUCGCUGCUCCUGUAGUGAUCAGAUUGGUAUUAUGAGUCAUUAGCCUUCUGAAAUCCCAGAAAUGUGAUUCUGAAAUCCAAGACGAUGUUUUAUUUUACGUGUUCUGUCUAAAACUUAUAUUUACUACCACAUAAGACAAAGAAAAUCAGCAAAUAUUGACAAUCAAGACAUUUGCUUGGAAUCAUUGCAGGAAAAAAUACUUAAAUGUUAAUCCUGUCGCCAAGGCCAUUGUUAGGAAAGGUCGUGCUUCACCCCUCUACCAAAGUACAACCAACACAAAACAGUUUAUAACCAUAAUGAAGGUUUGGUUCAUUGCAAAGCUACAGUAUUCGGUUGCAUUGCUUUAAGAUAGCUGUUUCUUUUCAUAAUAACAUGAAAACUGAAUGUAAAUAUUGUAUAUAAACGUGUUUUUUCCCAACCUUCAUUACAUUAAUGGUAAAUAUGAUGGAUGUGGCUUCAUCUCAAACAAAUAAUAUCUGGUAAUAUAAAAAAAAAACAUCUGGUUGAACUUUAAUUACAAUUACCAUUUAGUUGUAAUAGACACAUGUUCUGUUUCUGGAACCAUUUUAAGAAGUGAUUUAAUUGUGGCUCAUACUUGUUAGCUGUUACUGACCAGGAGUUACGGCCACAUCUGACUAAGUUUAAGUGGAUUAAAACAUAUUUUCCUGUCUUUGAUGUACGGUUUUAUUUUAUAAUGUUUUGUGGUCAGUAAUUAAAGUGUCUUUAUCGUU